AUGGAUCUGUUUGGAGAUAUAGAUGACAUUUCUUCAGAGAGUGAUGAGAACAAUCCACCACCCAUUCCAAGACAGCCCGUUGUAAGUACCAUCACAAAUCUGAGUGAAAAUAAGAAAAAAACGUUCAGAGUACCUCAGGACCAGCAGGAAGAAGAGCCCAUUUCUGAAACCAGAAUAGAAAUAGAAAUUCCCAGUAUCAACUCUGACUUAGGAAAUGAAUUAUAUUUUGUUAAACUACCCAAGUUUCUCAGUAUAGAACCCAAACCUUUCGAUCCUCAGUUUUAUGAAGAUGAAUUUGAAGAUGAGAAAGUGCUUUAUGAGGAAGACAGAACCAGGUUAAAAUUAAAGGUAGAAAAUACUAUACGAUGGAGGAUACGCCGAGAUGAAGAAGGAAAGAAAGUUAGAGAAAGCAACGCUCGGAUAGUCAAGUGGUCAGAUGGGAGCAUGUCCCUGCAUUUAGGCAACGAAGUGUUUGAUGUCUACAAAGCCCCACUGCAGGGCAAUCACAACCACCUGUUCAUAAGGGAAGACACUGGUCUACUGGGACAAGCCAUCUUUAAAUCCAGACUUACCUUUAGACCUCACUCUACAGACAGCGCCACACAUAGAAAGAUGACCCUGCCGCUUCUGGAUAGAAGUUCGAAGACUCAGAUUAGAAUCUUACCAAUAGCCGGUCGUGAUCCUGAAUGCCAACGCACAGAAAUGAUUAAGAAAGAAGAAGAACGCUUGAGGCUGUCUACUCACCAGGCUGUCCAUCUGCAGGGGAAACAGAACCAGCAGGGGCCGAGUGUCCCCCACCAGGACACUGGCAGUGAGGAGGAUGAGGAAGAGGAACAAGCCAGAAUCUAUUCUUCAGACAGUGAUGAGAGAUCAGAAGAAGAUAAGGUUCAAAGAUUACUCAAAGUAAAGAAAAUCACUGAUGAUGAGGAGAUGAAUAUUCCAGAAAGAGGAAAGCAAGGAGUGAAGAGGAAGAUGAUGAUUGAAGCAUAAGAUGUGCACUAGUAUAUACUGCAUUCAUUAGGUU